GCGCCCAGUUGCUUUCGGGGGGCGGCGAAUUUGGGCGCGAAAUCAGUGCGCGCGCGAGCGAGGGAGAUGAGCUCGACGGCGACGGCGGCGGCGGAGGAGGCGGCGGACCUCCUCUGCCACCUCGACAACGUCCAAGGCAUCGUCGACGCCCUCUCCUCCGUCCGCUGGAAGCGCCACCAGGACGCGGUCGUCGAGGUGUCAGAGCACGGCAUUGUUCUGAUCGUCGAGGAGAGCGGUUGCCUACAAGCCAAGGUUUACCUGCAGCGCGAGCUGUUUAUCCGCUAUGAUUAUAGCGCGCAAGGGCGGCCUCGGUUCGGUGUGGGUUUGGGCCUCUUUGUCGACUGCUUGAGCACGUUCUCGGUUCCCGGGCAUUCCAACACUAUCGAGAUCCGUUAUCCAGGGCCUGACAUGCAGCUUCUCCUCAAGUCUAUUGAUUCGCUCGACGCUUGCAUUUAUGCUGAGAUCAGGACAAGGAUACCUGACACAGUUUCAUGGGACUAUGACUUUGAACCUGCAGGAAGUUCACCACUCAGUUUCACCGUUAAGUCUGCAGCAUUGAAAGAAGCCAUUGAUGAUCUCGAAUGGCCAGGGUCAAGUGUCAAAAUCUCUUUACAACCAGCACCUCCUUCUGUUAUGUUCAAAGGCGAAGGACAUGGAGAUUUGCAGAUAGAGUUCAUGUAUUAUGCAAAUACAGAUCUCCUGAUUGCAUUCCACUGCGACCAUGCAGUGUCCCACAGGUAUAAGUACAAGUUUCUCCGUGCAACGACUUCAAAUUUACCAAGCAAUGUCACUAAAGAUAACAGAGGAAGCAAGUUGACCAUUGGGAGAGGUGGAAUGUUGAAAGUUCAGCACUUAGUUUCGGUUGCAAGAUCUUCUGCUACGCACCAACACAACGCUUCUGGUUAUCAGCAACCCAGUCGAAUCGCUUAUGUCGAGUUCUUUGUGAAACCAGAGGUCGAUGGGGAUGAUGCGUAGGGCUUCUCUGACUACAUUAAAACCAGAGGAAGAUCACCAAUGAUUCGUAUGCCUCUCCAAAGCAAAUUUAAUUAAGCUAUACAUCGGUAUCUGUUCACACCAUGGUUUUUCUGUCUGUUCAGUAAAAGCAGUUAGCCCUGCAUUUUGAUCCAUUAGAUUCAAAGGGGCCAGUUCAUCACAUCCUGGGACUAAAUUGUUCAUUUCCGCCCUUCUCUGGGUAGGAGUGGAGGCACAAGGAUAGGCUCAUGUGUGGUUGCUGAAAAUGAUGGCCAGUGUUUAUACGAGCGAAAGGAUCACAGUAGAAGAUACAUCCUUUCCUAGUUCCGGCCCUGCUAAAGGUGCGACUUGCACAUGGUAUUGGGUGUGUCCAAGUUCGUGCAACAUCCACUGUAUUUUUUGUCUGAUUUGCAUAUAAGGAAUUUGGUUUGCUAUGGAAUAUUCUGGUUGAGUUGAGUUAUUCGGCCUGAUUUGAAA